GCCCAGGUAGUAACAAGCUCUUGUAAUAGACACACUUAUUAAAACACUUAUGUCGAGUCACGACGCUUCUGAGACUGAAGACUGCCUUUUCUGUCAAAUAGCGAACAACCAGAGUGAUACAGAAAUCCUGCUGAGUGAUGGUGAACUGGUUUGCUUUCGUGACGUGAAGCCUGGUGCCACACAUCAUUACCUUGUUAUACCCAGGACGCACAUUGACAACUGCACAAUUCUCCAGAGGGACAACAUACCUUUAGUGGAGCGGAUGGAAGAUAUGGGAAGGAGGAUACUGGAGAAGCAUAAAGUGACCGACUUCAAAGAUGUCAGGAUGGGGUUUCAUCUGCCUCCUUUCACAUCUGUUCCGCAUCUUCACCUCCAUGCUUUGGCUCCAGCCAGCAAGAUGAACCUCAAGGCAGAGCUUCGCUAUGGGCCGCGGUCAUGCUGGUUCAUCACAGUAGACAAAGUGCUUUCUCAGUUGAGGACUCACAACAAGGUCAAAUGAGAAGAUACAAAGUGUCUGAAGGUGCUUGUUGGCUGUUAUCUGCCUCACUCAGUGCAAUUUUGACUUUACUUGGAAUUUUUGAUGGAAGCUGUAAAAGUACAACCUUCCAAAGAACUACUUGAAAUUAUUUAAACAUGCUUUAGGGUCCUGUCAAGUGUCGUGAUGUGUCAUCGGACCACCAAUGAGUUGAGAAUUACAGCACUCAGGAUACUUAUUUUUCAUUGGAAAUAUAAACUUUUAUGACUACCUGAUCACACAAAUCUGUAUAGUUUGAAAACCUCAUGAAAUGAAGCCAUCAAUAGGUACAUUUUAACUAUGUUAUAUCUAGUAUUCAUCAGGAAAGAUAAUUUGCACAUUUAUGCACAAAUCUCAUAAACCUGUUUACACGCAGGGAUAAUUUUUAUUGUAUUUGCACUUCUUUGUUUGUAUGUAUGAC